AUGGUAAAAGUUAAAAAGAGACAUCCUCACUUGAAACAAAGAGUAUUAUAUUUUACUUAUUUUUUUAUACACAAACCCAUGUAUUUUGUUCUAUUCAGUCUUCCUCUCAACGAUCUGAUAGGAAUCACUGCAAUGCUCCCAAAGGUGCUGUCAGACUUUGUGACUGGGACAAACACAGUCUUUUAUCCUCUAUGUGAUAUUCAGGGCUUCUUGCUCCACAUGUGUGGAAGUGACACUGUCUUUAUUCUUGCGGCAAUGGCCUUUGAUCAUUAUGUUGCCAUAAGGUACAAUACUAGUAUCACACCCAGGAAUGUGCUGCUGAUUAUUUUACUGGUAUGGGUUCUUGACUUUCUCUUGAUCUUACUACUGUUCUCUCUGCAGACGAAGCUGCCCCGGAGUAGAUCCACCAUAAUGAAUGUGUUUUGUGACAACCGUUCCCUUCUUAAACUCACCUGUGGUAAAACUAUACUGAAUAAUGUCAUAGGCCUGUUUAACACAGCAGUCAUGCAGAUUAUAAGUGUCUCCAUGGUUAUAUUUACCCUCAUCCAGAUCCUGCUCACCUGUGUCAUGAAUAAGUCGUCUGAUGCCCGGAGCAAGGCCAUUCAGACAUGUGGUACACAUCUUGUAGUGUUCUUAUUCUUAGAGUUCAACGCCUGCUUUAGCCUGAUAUCUCAUCGAUUCGAGCAAGCAGCCCCUUCCUUGAGGAGGGCUUUUGGAGUAUCAGUUAUGGUGUUCCCUCCCAUUCUCAAUCCCCUCAUAUAUGGUCUAAAAACGAAAGAAAUUCGGCAAAAUGUUCUGGGUUUCUACAAACGAAAGGUAUCUUCAGUUAAAUGAGAAUAAAUACUGUACAUGAAUCUGUAUAAUACACGGCAUGGGCUUUAGACAGUUUUUAAGGCCUUCCCAAUAAA